CCUUCUUCCCCUCACGAUGUGGUAGUCUGAAAUGCUAGCUCCACCAGCACCAGCACCAGCAUCAACACCAACAACAGCAGCAAUUGACUUUUGAAGUAUACUCCUCAACAUCCUCACUACCAAGCACAAUGUCGACCAAGCCCGUCUAUCACUACCUCGCCAUUGGCAGACUCGGCCGCGGAGAAGUCGUCAGACUCUUCCUCCAGGAUGCUGGCAUCGACUUCGACGAGAAGCGCUACCCAUACGACGACACAUGGCCUGCCGCGAGCGCCAAGCUCCAGAAGGAAGGCCUGAGCAAGACGGGCAAGCUGCCAUCCGUCGAGUACAAGGGCAAGCUCCUCACCCAGCAUGUGCCCACUCUGCGCUACCUGGCCCGCGACCUGGGCAAGUACGACGGCGAGACGAAUGAGGAGAAGUACAUCGCCGACGUGGUCUCGGACUUGUACAUUGAUUGGAGGUCUGCCUGGGUCAAGGCCCUGUCAGGUGCCUCUGAUGAGUACAAGACCAAGACGACCGUCGAGUACUACAAACUCGUCGCCGAGUACUAUGCCCAGAGCGGCGGACCAUACUUGCUCGGCGACCGCAUCACGUACGCCGAUUUUGCCGUGUUCCAGUCCUGGGAUAACGACAAGCGGAUCGGCACACUGCCGGCGUCCCUCCCUGCCGAGAUCACCAAGCUCGUCGAAGCCAUGAGCCAGCGCCCUAACAUUGCCGCGUACUUGAAGGAGAAUGAGGCCAAGGCUUAAUUGGGAUCCAAUCGUGAGCAUGGUGUAUAGAGCGGGCCAGCCCUACAAAGCUGCAGGCAGUUCCUUGCAUUGGAUCACUGGGUGUGGGAUCAUUGUUCGUGGCAUCUCGCGCGCCUCCAUUGCUCAGUUCGCUCUCAAUUGGAUGUAAUUCACAUCGUGCACAACGGCAUCUACCAGUGAUGAGGAUGGUGAUUUAUGAACAAAACAAGAAAGGAG